UAAGUCUUUUUUUUUCUUUUCUUUUUAGAAAAGUGCAGUAUGGAAUUGCAACUAUGCAUACAAUAUAAAGUCAAAAAUAAUGGCUAUUAUAUGUUCUGCCCAGUACCAGUCCUAACAACUUCCCGCACACUGCCAGCCUAAGCUAAUGUGUUGAACGGGUCAGUCAAUUAUGGAGCCAAGCCCUUAAGAGUUACAGACUAUCUGUCAGAGAACAAGUCUUUUCCAAGCUGACACCUAGUCAAUAUAUCCAUGCCCUUCUGUAGCUUUUCUUGACAGGAUAAAUGCUUCAAGUGCGUUGACAUUUUUCUUCCCAUACCAACGAGCAAACCAUCACCACCCCACGCAAAAGAACUAAUAUGCAAAGCUUAUCUCAGACUCUGACUACAGAAAGGCCACGACUACCGGCCAGGAAACCCGUCACCGGAAACGCCACAGAGAACAAUCGGGUCCGUAGAAAUUAUUAUCAGCAUUCUUCAGGUCCUGCUUCAUCUCCUAGGCCACGGUCAACUUGUACCUGCUCGAACCGGCCUGGUUCUGUUAGGUGUAGCAAACAUGGUUAUGUUUUGCCGAGUGAUAAAUUGAGGAGGCAUCAUCAGGCUAGUAGAGAAAUAUUAAGAAGGGCAUUGGCACCACCGAAUCGGAAGAUGUCUCUUCGGUGGUGGAAUUUCCGGCCGACGCCUAGUCGGCUUUCUAACAUGUCCAUGGCUUAGUUAAGUUGCAGUCUUUUUUUCUUCUUUUCAAAUGGAGUUUCUGGAUCAAUUGCAGCUGUAGAUGGGUGUUUUAUGACUUGUAAUUAAGAGAUCACAUAGAAUUUAUUAUUAUUGUUAUUUUUAAUCUAAAUGAGUGCUGUAAACCAUAAUUUUCUUCUUUUUUUAAAAAAAAGAAAUUGUUAUGUAUAUCUUCUGUUUUCAA